CUCUUAUUGCUUCUUUCUGCCUCUUUCUGACGAGAAGCCCAUUGAAUUAAAUUUGAAAUGGCCUUGGUUUUGGCUAUGGCUUUGGCCAUGGUUUUGGCUGUGGCGCAGGAGGUUGAGGGGCAGCUUAUGGUAGGUUUCUAUGGUGAAACAUGCCCCCAAGCCGAGCCCAUUGUCCGCAACGUCGUUAGAGAAGCUAUUCUCUCCGAUACCAACAUGGCACCAGUCUUGCUCAGGCUCCAUUUUCACGACUGCUUCGUUGAGGGUUGUGAUGGGUCAAUUCUGAUUGAGAACGGACCAAGCGGUGAGAGGCAUGCAUUUGGUCACCAAGGCGUUGGGGGAUUUGAAGUGAUAGAGAAAGCCAAGGCAGAGUUGGAGGCUGCAUGCCAAGGCGUGGUUUCUUGUGCAGAUAUUGUGGCCUUGGCAGCUAGAGAUGCUAUAGCCAUGGCUGGUGGACCGGCGUACGAGGUGCCUACCGGCCGGAGAGAUGGGGUUGUUUCAAAUAUGUCUCUGGCAGAUGACAUGCCGGAUGUUAGUAAUUCAAUCCAACAGCUCAAGGUUAAGUUCAUGCGCAAGGGCCUUACAGAAAAGGACCUUGUCCUCCUCUCUGCUGCUCAUACAAUAGGGACAACGGCAUGCUUCUUUUUGACCAAAAGGCUGUACAACUUCUUUCCAGGAGGGGGAUCGGAUCCAGCAAUCAACCCCACUCUCCUCGUCGAACUAAAACAAAAGUGCCCUCAAAACGGCGACGUAAAUGUGCGGUUACCCAUUGACCAAGGAAGCGGGCAGGCAUUUGACCUUCAUAUUCUGCAAAAUAUCAGAAAUGGGUUCGCCGUGUUAGAAUCCGAUGCCAAGCUCAACGAGGACGCAGUGACCAGGGGUAUAAUGGACAAUUACUUUGGUUUCUUCAGUAAUCUCCCGUUCGGACCUUCUUUUGAGGCAGAUUUUGUCGAAGCAAUUCUAAAGAUGGGCCAGAUUGGUGUAAGGACAGGUUUCCAGGGUGCGCCUAGGAGAGUUUGUGCUAGCUUUUAGUACAAAGGAUGGAUGACAACACAUAGGAGGAGGCUUUAUAUGAUGUUAUGCAUAAUGCAUUGAUAUUUGACUGUGGUGGUGGAUGGUGAAUGGUGUAGAUAGGUUCAUGUUGUAUAUUCCUAGACCUCUAGGCUCUAUUCACUAAUUUUUUUUUUUAUUUUUAUCCUUCGUUUCUUUUGAUGUUGUUGCCAAUAAUAGGGUUAGUUGAUAUCUUACACUAAUAAAUAUUUAUUAUUAUAUAAGCAAUGAUUGUUAGAGGUGUCAAAUGGACAUGGCCGACUCAAGCACAACACGAGUCCCGCCCGAUUAAGGCUCGGCACGACCUGGUUGUAUCUUUGAUGCGGUAAUUCGGCUUGUUUGAAGCCUAUUUAUUGAAGGGAGCUUUAGUUUAAGUUCACUAUAUAGUUUAUUAAUAUGGAAAAUAAGAAUCUAAUUCUCCAUAUUCCACUAAAAGCCAAUCACUUAAAUAUACAAUCCUGAUUUACUAUAAUGCAUUGGAAACACACCAAAAUUACAAAAAAUUUGGGUAUCUGCGAUUUGAUUGCUUUAUGCAUUAAACACCUAGCAUUGAGGUCCACCUAGUUUUGAAGUCAUGUAGUUGCUCUUACAGUGCAUGUUCCUGUUUUUUUUUUUCGUAUUCUACCUGAUGUAUCUUGUUGGUUUCUUGCCUCUGGUGGCUCAGUUUUGCUACAAUAACUGGCUUCUGGGUCGAUUAUAUUAUAUGUUUUUUUUCUUUUCAUUUUUUGGUUUAUAAUUAGCCCGUUAAUAUGAUCUCAUUUUGCUAUGUGAUUGCCAACCUCAUAUGGUUGGGUUUUUGGUGCUACAUAACAUAGUGAUACAUAGUGGUUUCACUAAAGUUUGUGAAGGAAAUUAAGGAAGGAAUAUAUAGCUGCAUGUGUUUCAAGUUUCAACUGUUGCCAGAUGUUUUUUUUUUAAAACAGUGAAAUCAAUCAAAAAC